UAAAUCAAAGGUCAGUUGACGCAGCACAGGGCGAGUGAAGGAUAGUGAAGCGAGCAUUUAGCUGAAAAUGUACACUGAGUGAAUGCCAUGAUGAGAAAUUAAACACCAAAACACUGAAGUGAACGCGAAGAUAGUGAAGUGAGCGCUAAGGAUGAAAAUGAUUCUUCUGGUACCGAUGAUGAUAGCAUGUUCUCUGCUGGGCUGUGCGGCAGACAGUGAAGGAUGUCGGCCUCUUCAACGAGGGAAGACUGUACACUUCGACACAGACGAUAAACACUACUUGUAUUUCUGGCACAAGGCGGUCAUGGCUUCCACCCAGAACAAUAUGACGGUGUCGACCAUGAACGUACAGAAGGUCAUAAUAUUUAAUUCAUCCAUCAUUACACACUUCAAGAGGACCAGCAUAAUUUACAGAGAGAAAGAUACAGUUACGGAGAUAAGUGGAGGCGGCGUAGAAUUAACCAUAAUAAAACCUGGUAUGGUGAAGAACGUGUCGGUGGUGAGCAACGGCAUCAUGGACUGGGUCAUAUGUUCUUCUGACGAAGAUUUCCCCAGUAUAUCUGAAAACAAGUUCCCCAUUACGUUGAUGCUGGUGGUGGCGCUGGCGCUGGUGGUGCUGGUGGUGAUAUUCGUAGCAGUAGCCUUCAUCUACCGAUUCAAGAAGACACUCUUUAAUGUACAAGCUGAACUGAACAAUUACAAGAAGACCAUCAGAGAGCACUCGGAGCAAGAGAUUCAGCUGCCUUCUGCGAAUAAGUGGCAGCAGAAAGUCGAGGACGCGUAUGAUGAGUGGAACAUCAACAGUGACGUCAUCCGCCAAGAAUGCCGUAACAGCAUCUACGUUCCAGCUGAUGAGAUAAUGCAGGAUGCUCACGAGAGACUGAAACCGUGUGAGCCCAUCUAGGUCCCACCACCAAGAUGCCCAGUUACGCAAGUUGUAUGGGGAUGCCACUGAACAAUGUGUAAACCUCAUUUAGUGAACAAGCCUGCUGACUCCAAGCCCUCAUAUUGAUAAAGAUAAGAAAAUAUUUUAUUUGCUUCAAAGGACUCUCUUUAUGAUAAGGAACUUCCAUGUUAGCAAAUUAUGGUUAUUUCUAAACUCAGUGCAAUAAGACUUGUCGUCAUUGUUAUAUUAUUUUUAACUAAGUGAUGCCAUAUCUCCUAGGUAGAUUUGUUUUCAUAUAAUGAGUAUAAUUUGAUUUUUGUCCAGUGAAUAAUAUUUUUAGUUUAUUUUAUGUUUGAAAAUUGAUUUACAGUAUUCAAGCUUUCUCAUUUGUGCAAUAAUCUGUCUAGACACUACAAUACCUACGAGUGAUUUACAAUACUUAAAUAUUAACGUCAACAUUAUAUUCUACUAAAAUGUUUAUCAUAAUAAUUCGAUUUUUGUUAUUUUAGUGUUAUUACUCCGCUCUAACAACUGAGGCUUUUAAGCGUGUAGCGAGGUUAGUAAUUACACUAUUAUAUCAACAAUUAUAAAUUAUAAGAGAUGUAGUUUUUGUUGAUCUUUCAUUUUGUUUUACUGGAGAUGUUUUAAGUCUGCCACGUGAUAUAUCUUUGGUACUUGUUUUUCAUAAGUCAGGCCAAGUGACACAUCUUAUGUACUGUACCUGUUAUUAUGAUAUGUAAUUUUUAAGUAAGCGUUUAUACAUGGGCGUAAAGAUGAGUGUAUGAGCCGAAUCACUGUCCGUAGUUACAACAAGAAACAAUUUAUUUAGUCAGAAAAACACAGACACAGAGUGGAUAAUAAUAACAAUAUUAACAUGGCUGAGCCAGUUGAGAACCUGAGCUCUCUUUUAGGCACCUGAUAUAUACUAUACAUUUAUCU